UCACAACAACCCCAUGCUAUCGCGCCGUGUCUUCCAGCAGCUGACCGACAGUCUGCUGUUAAUAGGUCCUAGCAACAAAGGAGCUGCAACUGGUUGUACCGCUACUCCAUGUCGGGCGUGUCGCCCAUGUAAUCGAGCAGCACCAGUGCCCAUUCGGCAUGCUUCGUCGUCGUCGUCGUCGUCGUCGUCGACCAGAUGGAAGUCGCGCCAGGGCAACGACUUCUUUGCCCGGGAAGCUCGAGUCCAGGGGCUGAAAAGCCGUGCUGCCUUUAAGCUGCUUGAACUUAAUGAGAAACACAAGCUGUUCAAGCCCGGCCAAACCGUCGUCGACUUGGGCUUUGCACCGGGUUCAUGGUCUCAGGUCGCCGUAAACCGCACAACCCCAGACGGUCGCGUAAUCGGCAUCGACCUGAUACCCGCGCAACCUCCUCGAGGCGUCUCUACGAUACAAGGCGACUUCCUCUCUCCCGUAAUCCAAGAUCAAGUCCGAGCAUACGUCCGCGAUCCCGACCUGGGUCGACCGCGCAAACAUAUAACGUCGAGCAAGAGCCAAGGACUUACAGAGGAAGAAAUCGACGACAUGGAGCGAGGAUACAUUGACAUUGAACGGCAGGCCCACUUGGACCGUGUCGAGACCGAGACAGUCGGCCAGCGGGUCCAAGACAAGGGCCCAGAGUCCGGCCCCGACUCGCAGCUGCCCUUGAAGGAGCGGGAUAGACACCAAGGACGAGCAGUCGAUGUGGUGCUGAGUGACAUGUCAGAACCCUGGGUCCAAACCGCUGGCUUCUACAAAAAGAGCCUUAGUGACCCGUAUUUUAGGAUGAUGAACACCAGCGGCAAUGCUUUCAGAGACCACGCCGGUAGUAUGGAUCUUUGCAUGGCCGCGUUGACCUUCUCUUUCGACACGUUGAAGACUGGUGGCCACUUCCUCUGCAAGUACUACCAAGGAAGCGAGGAGAAGGCAUUCGAGUCCAAGUUGAAGCGCCUGUUCGCCAAGGUGCAUCGAGAGAAGCCCAGCUCGUCACGCAAUGUACGACACGUGUCAUCCUUUGGACCUCUCAUGCUGAUUGCUGCCAGGAGUCCAAAGAGGCCUACUUUGUAGCCACACGCCGCAAGGAGAAGCCCACAAGGGAGUUUGUG